CUCAACCCCAUCCGACUCAACCCAACUCAACUCGGUGGUGGUGAAGGGGUUUGAUCAUAAUAAGAAGUGGAAUUUCGGGGAAGAUGUUCGAUCAAGAUAUGUUCCAUGCACUACACCCUCACCAUCAUAUGUUUGACAUGGCGUUUAACACCUCCGAAAACGAGUUGGAAGAUGUGAGAGAUGAUGAUUUUGAGUCCAAAUCAGGACCUGAAAUCACCUUUGAGCCGCCUUGUGAGAGUGAGCAUCAACAACGCGCCAAGAAGAGACGUUAUAAUCGCCAUACACACCACCAAAUCCAAGAAAUGGAAGCAUUCUUUAAGGAAUGUCCGCACCCAGAUGACAAGCAAAGAAUGGACCUUAGCCGCGAGCUGGGGUUGGAGCCAUUGCAAGUCAAGUUUUGGUUUCAGAACAAACGCACCCAAAUGAAGGCUCAACAGGAAAGACAUGAAAACGCCAUUUUGAAAGCCGAGAAUGAAAAGCUUCGAGCUGAGAAUACUCGUUACAGAGAAGCAUUCGCCCACUCCACCUGCUGCCCCAACUGUGGUUCCUCCGCCACUGCCCUCGGCGAGAUGUCCUUCGACGACCAACAUUUGCGCAUUGAAAAUUCUCGUUUGCGAGAUGAGAUGGAGCGAAUGAGUGGAUAUGGCCUGAAAUCCACCAAGUCUGUCCCUUCUUCGUACUAUCACCUGCCGUCCAAUGCUCCACAGUCGUCGGGUUUCGUGGGGGAAAUGUAUGGAGCGUGCGACUUUCUCCGCUCCAUUUCCAGACCUUCAGAAGCCGACAAGCCAAUCAUUGUAGAACUGGCGGUUUCCGGCAUGGAGGAAUUGAGCCGAAUGGCUCAGGCCGGAGAACCGUUGUGGGUUCCGGCUGAUACCAAGUCAAGUGAAGUGGUUCUUAACGAAGCAGAGUAUUUGAGCUGUUUUGGGGGCAGAGUUGGGCCCAAACCCUUGGGCUUUAGAACCGAAGCUUCUCGAGUUUCGGCUAUUGUGUUCAUGAACCAUAUUAAGCUCGUGGAUAUUUUAAUGGACGCUACGCAAUGGUCCACUGUGUUCUGCGGCAUUGUUUCCCGGGCGUCCACCGUUGAAGUUCUUUCGCCUGGCCUACCCGGAAACUUCAACGGCGCCUUGUACCUGAUGAGUGCUGAAUUCCAAGUUCCAUCGCCACUUGUUCCAACACGUGAAAACUACUUUGUAAGAUACUGCAAACAGCAGGGGGAUGGGGUAUGGGCGGUGGCUGAUGUUUCCUUGGACACCCUGCGGCCCUGUUCCAUGCCAAGGACCCGAAGGAGACCUUCUGGUUGUUUGAUUCAACAAUUGCCCAAUGGCUAUUCAAAGAUCACUUGGGUGGAACAUGUUGAGGCGGACGAAACUGGUGUCCCGACAAUGUACAGACCGCUCUUUAAUUCAGGCCUCGCUUUUGGGGCUAAACGAUGGGUUGCUACUUUAGAUAGGCAAUCUGAACGUUUUGCCACAUCAAUCGCCACCUCCAUAUCCACCGGCGAUCUACGCGUCAUAUCGAGUAUUGAAGGGAGGAAGAGUAUGCUGAAGCUAGCCGAGAGAAUGGUGACGAGCUUUUGCGCUGGCGUUGGCGCGUCGAGUGUACACGCGUGGACGGCGUUACCAAUCGCCGCUGGUGAUGAUGUUCGAGUUGUAACGAGGAAGAGCACCGACGAACCAGGGCGACCACCUGGUGUUGUGCUGAGCGCCGCCACUUCUUUUUGGAUCCCUGUUCCACCUAAGGUUGUGUUUGAUUUCCUUCGGAAAGAGAAAUCUCGAAGCGAGUGGGAUAUUCUGUCGAAUGGGGGGUUAGUCCAGGAAAUGGCGCACAUAGCCAACGGCCGCCACUCCGGGAAUUGUGUUUCCUUGCUCCGUGUCAAUAGUGCAAAUUCGAGCCAGAGCAAUAUGCUGAUACUACAAGAAAGCUGCACCGACUGUACAGGAUCCUACGUUAUUUAUGCUCCGGUGGACACAGUUGCAAUGAACGUGGUGCUAAGCGGUUGCGAUCCGGAUUACGUGGCACUUUUACCGUCAGGAUUCGCCAUACUCCCUGACGGACCCGCCGGGGCCAACGGUGGGGAAAUUCUGGAGCUGGGCUCCGGUGGGUCACUCAUCACGGUGGCAUUUCAAAUCCUGGUUGAUUCAGUUCCAACGGCUAGACUGUCAAUUGGAUCAGUGGCCACUGUGAACAGCUUGAUUAAGUGCACGGUUGAGAGGAUCAGAGCGGCUGUGAUGCGGGAAAAUCCCUAAAACGCCCACUUUUUAAGUUUUUUGUUUUAAACUACGUAGGUGAGGAAGAGGAAGAGGAAGAGGAAGAGGAAGAGGAAGAGGAAGAGUCGAGAAGUCAAGAACGCACCUUGAAAAGCACUUCCCCCUGCCCCGGCGGUGAUUUAGAGACGAAUGGUGAAUGGUUUGUAGGGGUUGGAAGAAUCAGAGAGGAUCGAGGAGGUUCGGGCAUUGACUUUACUCUAACCUUCAACUUCAAUAACAAAAUUUUCUUGUUCUAAGUUUAGUGUUGGUCUCCUGUGGUGGGCGUUUGGUGGUUAACUGUAUUUUGAAUUUGUCAUUAGGUUGGUGGUAAUAAUAUUUAGAGACUAUUCUAAAAUUCCUACUUUUAUUAAACAUUUUAAUUAAUUAAACUAGAAAUUCUCAAUU